GCUGAAAAUAUGCCCCGACUACUUCUUUUGAACAGCCAUACCAAGCUUCCGCUCCUAUGGAGGGUUUUGAGUAACAAUUUCAAAGACAAAGCUUCAUUCAGCGUGACUCGUAGCAAGGACAAGAUCCCUGAUCUUGCUUCUGGCUUGAACAUCUCGGUCGGUGAUGAGGGCAAAUCGAAGGUUUUAUAUUGGGCUCCUGGUGAAUCUGAACCAAAAUUAUACGACGGUGUUCUCAAGUAUGACCCUUUGAGCAAAUUUGUGAACAAUCUCUUGGAAGCUUCGGGGAGGGCCAAGGAGGAACUCUGA